AUAAAGAAUUUAGUUUACUUAAUAGUAGGUAGGGACUAAAAUAUUUUAAUUAUCCAUGUCAGAUCACGCCACGUGUAAUCAUGAUGGGGCUACUCAACACUACAUUCACCUUGGGACUUUGCCGCUCCUUUACACUGCUAAUUAAUUGUCAAAGACGUAUCACAAUGCAAAUUGUACAAUUAUCAUCAGGAUAUGAUAUGCCUGUUGUUGGACUAGGUACAUGGCAGGCAAAAUCUGAAGAAAUAGAAAAUGUUAUAACUACUGCACUUAAUACAGGAUACAGACAUUUUGAUACAGCAUUUAAUUAUAAUAAUGAAGAAGCAAUAGGAAGAAGUCUUAAAAAAUGGUUUGAUCAAGGAGGAAAUCGUAAAGACCUUUUUAUAACAACAAAAUUACCAAAUUUUGGCAAUCGACCAUCUGAUGUUGAAAAGUUCAUAAACUUAUCACUACAAAGAUUAGGAUUAGAUUAUGUAGAUUUGUAUCUGGUUCACAUGCCAUUUUCAUUCAUUCAAGAUCAAAAUUCUUUUGCACCAGCAACAAAUACAGAUGGAACAAUUACUUUAGAUCUUAAAUCAGAUCCUGUAGCAGUCUGGAAGGAAAUGGAACAUCAAGUGAAAAAAGGUCUAACAAGAUCUAUUGGACUAAGUAACUUUAAUGAAUCACAAAUUCAAAAUAUAAUAAAUAAUUCUGAAAUUAAACCCAGUAACAUACAGGUUGAGCUACAUGCUUAUAUGCAACAACAAUCACUCAAACAAUUUUGUCAGAUGCACGAAAUUUAUAUAACAGGAUAUAGCCCUAUUGGUUCACCUGCAGCUAAACAGCAUUUUCAAACAAAAUACAAUUAUACACUACAAACGUUUCCAGACUUAUUGGGGCACUCAGUUGUUAAAAAAAUAGCUAAAAAUCAUAAUAAAACAACAGCACAAAUAUUAUUACGACAUGCUAUACAAGGAGGAAUUACUGUAAUACCAAAGAGUUCUAAUCCAGACAGAAUCAAAUCAAAUAUUGACAUAUUUGAUUUUACAUUGACAAAUGACGAAAUGGGACAAUUAAAUAACUUAGACCAAGGUGAAGAUGGAAGAAUUUUUGAUUUCUUAUUUUUUAAUGGAGUUGCAAAUCAUCCACACUACCCUUUCAAUGUCCAAAUGAAGAAAUCAGUGAUCUCUACAUAGUUUUAUUAUAUUGUAAAAACAUUAAAUAGUAUUAGGCGAAAGCAAAAACAAAAAAGUUAAAUAUAGUUUUUUCAUUGAAUGACUAUGAAAACGAAGGCUAUUUACAAUUUAUCUGAAUUCCAAGAGAAUCAAGAUAAUUAUGAUAAUAAAUCAUAUACGUUUGUCUUACUAUUACUGAAUUUAGAUAAACCACAUCAAAUUGUAUUUCCAAGAUUUUAUAUAUUACAACUCAUCAUUGUUUUUAUCA